AUGUCUUCCCGGCCAGAACUGAGAGUCGACGAUGAGCACGGCUUCAUCCGGUUCUUCAAGUCAUUGCCCGUCGUCAACGAUGAUACGGUCCGGAUCUUUGACCGCGGAGAUUGGUAUACGGCUCAUGGGGAAGAUGCAAACUUCAUUGCUAGAACUGUUUAUAAGACUACUUCGGUAGUCCGACAGCUCGGGAAAAGCGACCACACAGGGCUUCCAUCGGUAACCAUGACCAUCACUGUGUUCCGACAAUUCCUCCGCGAGGCACUCUUCAAGCUGGGAAAACGAGUCGAAAUCUGGUCGAGCACAGGUGGUAGGAUGAACUGGAAGAUUGUCAAGCAGGCAUCGCCCGGAAAUCUUCAAGAUGUGGAGGAUGAACUGGGCGGGCAGUUUGAGGCUGCUCCUAUGAUCAUAGCUGUCAAGUUCUCAGCCAAGGCCAGCGAGGCAAGGACAGUAGGUGUCUGUUUCGCAGAUGCCAGCGUGCGAGAGCUUGGUGUCAGCGAGUUCCUCGACAAUGACCUGUACUCGAACUUCGAGGCACUCUUGAUCCAACUGGGCGUCCGAGAAUGCCUGAUCCAGGCCGACAAGGCCGACAAAGACAAGGAUCCCGAGCUCACCAAGCUCAAGCAGAUUAUCGACAACUGCGGAGUGGCGAUCUCUGAACGAUCAGCCGGUGACUUCGGCGUCAAGGAUAUCGAGCAAGACCUCACAAGGCUUUUGAAAGAUGAACGGGCGGCAUCGCUGCUUCCCCAGACCGACCUCAAGUUGGCCAUGGGCUCGGCUGCGGCGCUGAUCAAAUACUUGGGUGUCUUACAGGAUCCUUCCAACUUUGGCCAGUACCAACUGUACCAGCACGAUCUGUCUCAAUAUAUGAAGCUCGACGCCGCCGCACUCAAGGCACUCAACCUCAUGCCUGGAGCGCGGGAUGGUGCCAAGACAAUGAGCGUGUACGGCUUGUUGAAUCAUUGCAAGACAGCCGUUGGUAGCAGGCUUCUGUCGCAGUGGCUCAAGCAACCACUGAUGAGCAAAGAUGAAAUCGAGAAGCGACAGAUUCUUGUGGAGGCAUUUGUCAAUGAUACAGAGCUCCGGCAAAUCAUGCAAGAGGAGCACCUGCGCUCGGUGCCUGACCUUUACCGCCUGGCGAAGCGUUUCCAGCGCAAGAAGGCGAAUCUCGAAGACGUCGUCAGGGCAUACCAGGUGAUCAUUCGUCUCCCUGGCUUCCUAGGCACCCUCGAGGGUGUGAUGGAUGAGACGUAUCGUGAUCCCUUGGAUGCUGCAUACACUACCAAGCUUCGGGAACUGUCCGACAGCCUGGGCAAGUUGCAAGAGAUGGUCGAGACAACGGUUGACCUCGAUGCUCUGGACAACCACGAAUUCAUCAUCAAACCCGAAUUCGACGACAGUCUGCGGAUCAUCCGGAAGAAAUUGGAUCGGCUCCGGACCGACAUGGACCGGGAGUUCUACGAUGCUGCCAAUGAUCUCGGCCAGGAGAGGGAAAAGAAGAUCUUCCUGGAGAACCACAAGGUCCAUGGCUGGUGCAUGCGGUUGACGCGGACCGAGGCCGGCUGUAUUCGCAACAAGUCCAAGUACCAGGAGUGCUCCACCCAGAAGAACGGAGUCUACUUCACGACCAAGACGCUGCAGGGCCUCCGUCGCGAGUUUGAUCAGUUGUCUCAGAACUACAACCGCACCCAGAGCAGUCUCGUGAGCGAGGUCGUCGGCGUCGCUGCGUCGUACUGCCCCGUCCUUGAGAAGCUCGGCGGCGUGCUUGCGCAUCUGGAUGUCAUCGUCUCCUUUGCCCACUGCUCUGUCCACGCGCCCACCUCGUAUGUGCGGCCCAAGAUUCACCCCCGAGGUGAGGGCCAGACCAUUCUCAGAGAAGCGCGUCACCCUUGCAUGGAGAUGCAAGAUGACAUCCAGUUCAUCACCAACGACGUGGAGCUGACCCGCGACAAGUCGGCCUUCCUCAUCAUAACUGGUCCCAAUAUGGGCGGUAAAUCGACAUACAUCAGGCAGAUUGGAGUGAUCAGUCUCAUGGCCCAAAUCGGCUGCUUCGUCCCCUGUUCCGAGGCGGAGCUGACCAUUUUCGAUUCCAUCUUGGCGCGCGUCGGCGCCAGUGACUCGCAGCUCAAGGGUGUGUCCACGUUCAUGGCUGAGAUGCUGGAGACGGCAAACAUCCUCAAGUCGGCCACCGCAGAGUCCCUCAUCAUCAUUGACGAGCUCGGUCGCGGCACGUCAACCUAUGACGGCUUCGGCCUGGCAUGGGCCAUCUCUGAGCAUAUCGUCAAGGAGAUCGGGUGCUUUGCCUUGUUCGCCACGCACUUCCACGAACUCACAGCGCUGGCCGACCAAUACCCACAGGUCACCAAUCUCCAUGUCACGGCGCACAUUAGCGGCACAGAAGGCAACAAGUCGAGCGAGGAUCAGAAGCGAGAGGUGACAUUGCUGUACAAGGUCGAGCCGGGCAUCUGUGACCAGAGCUUUGGUAUCCAUGUCGCCGAGCUUGUCCGGUUCCCCGACAAGGUUGUGCGGAUGGCGAAGCGCAAGGCCGACGAGCUCGAGGACUUUACUACAAAGCACGACGCAUCACUUGGUCUGGAAUAUAGCAAGGAGGAUGUUGAGCAAGGCAGCGCCAUGCUCAAGGCGAUCCUCGUACGGUGGAAGGAGCAGGUCCAGGACGGCGAGAUGACCAAGGAGGAGAUGGUUUCCAAGUUGAAAGAGCUGGUUGCUGCGGAUGCUAAAUUGCUGGCUAACCCGUUUUUCAAGUCGGUGAAAGCGUUGUAA